GGGUCCCACCCUGUAUAUCUGUCAUUUAACCUCGAAAUGUUUUCUGCUUAUAUACAUUGUAAUUGUUUAGUAUAGAAAUAACAGUGUUUGUUUAGUGCAUAUUCAAAAAUCUUGUGCAAACUACAACAUAGAUAAAAGAGGAAUAUAUGACCAUCUGGAUUUAUCUAUGAACUACAAGUUGUAUAAUUAAAUUAGGUUAUACAAUUGCAGUCAAAAAUUAUUAUUGCGUAAAAUCCAUAGAAAAAAAUGCCAAAGUCUAUAGCAAAUCUACAAGCUAAACUUUUGGAAAAAGUGGAAAAUGAUUGGAGAAAACGAGUGCCUCAAAAUAAUACUACUUCUGAAGAACUUGAAGAACUAAAUUUAACCAGAGAAAAAAACUAUUAUUAUGAUGAAUUAUCAGGCAGUUCAAUACUAGAUUCCAAAAGAAAUGCACUUCAAGCUGCAUCCAAACAAUGGAAAACAAGAAUAAAAAAAACAGAUGCACUUACGUUUUCUGUAAGUGGCCGAAUGAAUAAAAUGGAUGUGCCGGAAAUUAACAUAGAAAAAAAAUCUAAUACACCACAGCCCAGACGAUAUAAAGGAGAUUGUCAACAAAGAACCUUUACUCUAAAUUAUUCCAAUAACCAUACUUUUAAAAGUAUUGAACAAAAUAAUAAAAAAGAUGAAAUUUUACUAUCAGUAGAGGAUUUUGAUGUAGUUAAAAGAGAAUCAUUAUUAGCUUUUAAGAAAUAUAUUAAACCGCAAAAACGAAAAUGCAUUUCUUCCAAAAACCCAAUUAAAGUUUUAGUUAACAGAAAUGACGUCAAUAUUAAAGAUACCGAUAUAAUAACAGGAAUAGCUGAAAAGGAGAAGGAAAGACUAAAGUAUGAAAAACUUGCCAAAAAAUUAAACAAAACUGUGGAAGUACUAAAAGGGCUGGCGGGUAAAGAAGAUUAUAAAUCAAUUACUUUAAAGCAAUUUCAGGCAUCAACCUAUUUACCGCCAUAUAAGGACAUAAUGUUAAUUCAGAUUAAAGGAAGGAAAUGUAUACAAGUAAGAUUAGUAAAACCUAGUAAAGAAAGCAUUAAUGAAGGGGAUUGUUAUGUUUUAAUUACUACUUCAGCCUUAUUUCUUUAUAUUGGGUCAUAUUCAAAUGUAAUAGAGCAAUCAAAAGCUUUAGACUUUGUUAGAUUUAUAAAAAAAACUGGUGAUAUGGGCUGUACAACAAGUAAAAUAUAUACGGUAUCAAAAAAUGAAUGUCAUUAUGAAACUUUGAAAUCGUUUUGGAAAAUUUUAAAAUCAGAUAACAUCCCAAAGACAGUUAGUCCAGGUCACCCCGAUGAAGAUGUGACUUAUGAAACAAAUAUUUUACAUACCAACAUGAUUUAUAAAUUUGUAAAUAAUGAAUGGGAGCCUUUAAAUACUUAUUGGGGUACAAUACCAAGGACUGAUAUAUUAGAUGAAUAUAGUAUUUUACUUUUUGAUUAUGGUACUGAAAUGUAUUUUUGGACUGGAAAAAAUGCCUGUAGUCAGCUUAAAAAAAUUGCCUUAAAUCUCGCUGAAGAAUUUUGGUCAAAAGGGUACAACUAUAGCGAGUGUACCAUUUGUCCAUUAAAUAUUGCGGAAUUAUUAGGUGAUCGUCCAAAAAAAGAUAUUUUAUUAAAAGGUGACGAGCGUCCUGUAUGGUGUUUAUUUACUAAGUUAACUCAGAAUGGUGAAACAAUACUGUUUAAAGAAAAAUUCUUUGAUUGGCCUGAUUUGUUUAAAAAGGAAGAAAUAAAAGAUUUUGAUUUUAAUGAUUUUUCUUUUAACAUCGCACCAUGCAACGCAGCAGAAAUGAUAGAAAACAAAACAGAAAAAUCAAAUCUAAGGAUUCAAGAUAUGAAUGUAGGAAGGGGCGAUAGUUUUUAUGAUAAAGGAACGAAUAGACAAAUAGAAAUUACUACAAUUCAAAUAAAAGCUUGGAAAAUAUUAGAAAACUCAUUUGAAGAAUUGGAAAAUGAAAGCAUUGCUAACUUUUAUAGUGAUGAAGUAUAUAUUUAUAAUUGGAAAUACAGUGAAAAUGUUAAAGGAAGGUGCUUGGAUGGCAACCCAUCCAAAUAUAAUCAAGUAGGAAAGGAGCAUACCACCUUUUUUUGUUGGCAAGGUAAUACAACUUCAGUUAAUAAAAAAUGCGCAUCUGCAUAUUUAAUUUUGGAAAUAAAUAAAGAAAAUGCACCUCAAAUUAUAAUUGCUCAAGGCUCCGAACCUGCUGCGUUUUUAAGACUUUUUAAUGGAAAAAUGCUAGUACAUAACAAAAAACGUAAGAAUUUGGAACCAAAAAUGUACAUUGUUAAUGGAGAAUUUAAACAAGAAAUAUUUUGUGUGGAAGUACCAUGUCAUGUUAAACAAUUAAGAAGUCGAACCUGCUUUAUAAUUUUAAAUAAAACUCAAGUAUUUGUUUGGUAUGGUUCAAAGUCCAGUAAAAAUAGGAAAAUUAAUACAAUUAAUUUUGCUAAAAAUUUAUUAAACCACUAUCCAAAAGAAUUAAAUAAGCAUUUAAUCAAGCCAGAUUUAAAAAUUGUGGAAAUACAAGAAGGAGGCGAAAGUAAAGAUUUUAUGAACUUAUUAGGAAGUAAUAACAACUCAUAUAUUUCUUUACAAAAUAGUAAUGAGGAUUGGGAAUUUAGUAUGAGACUAUUUCAUUUUACUACUAAAGCUGGCCAACUUACAUCAAACGAAAUUAUUUGUCAAUAUUCUAGUGAAAUUUCUACACCCUAUCCAUUUCAACAGUUAGAUCUUUAUGCUGUAACGCAACCUGCACUCUUUUUAAUCGAUAAUAAUUAUGAAUUAUGGCUAUGGCAAGGUUGUUGCAAAGAAACGGAAAUUAACCUUAAUAAUCAUACUGGUUCAGGAUUUAUUCGAUGGCAAGCUGAAAGAAAAGCGGCUAUGGAAACUGCUAUUGAUUAUUGGAAGACUAAAAAUCCUAAGAGCGUAAUUAUUCCUGCUUAUCUAGUUUGGGCGGGACUAGAACCUUUGGAAUUUCAAAAUCUCUUUUCAUCAUGGUCUGACCAAUGCUCUAUUUAUGAAGAAUUUUCGGAAAAAAAUAUAAGAAAAGAAAACAUAAUAGCAGAAAAAGUACCACUUGUACCUGAACUUCUUAAACUUUCACAAAGUACAUACUCAAUAGAAUCCAUAUUACAGAGACCCUUGCCCGAAGGGGUGGACCCAACAAGAUUGGAAAUGUACUUAUCACCAGAGGAUUUUCAUAAUCUGAUGAAGAUUUCUCUUAAAGAGUUUCAAAAUUUACCCUCCUGGAAGCAAACAGCUUUAAAAAAAGAAAAUGGCCUUUUUUAAAAUUACCUUUGUUAGUACUAUAUGUUUUGUAUUGGAUCAAAUUUUAAAUAAAAUAUUUUU